AUGGAACAAGAAAAUAAUAAACAAGAGAUCAUCACACGCCCACUUGAAAUAACCCUCGAUGUAGGUGAUAACAACAACUCAAUCAAAGAAUUGUAUGGACAAAAUACUACUGGAUUGGAAGAGCCAUUCCAGGAAGAUUCUAGCCACCAACUACUCACUGCCUCCACUAGCUCUACACCUUACGCUAAUUUCUACACCGAUGAAGAGCCUACAAAGAUAGGAACUACGCAAGAAGAUGAUAAACAGAUAGGGAGCAAAGAUUUCCCGGCCAGUGAAUCCAAUGAACUCCUCACUAGUCAAGAUUUGGAAUCAUGUAACAAAGAUCCAAGUAAUUCAUCGCCAGCUACUCCUUCGAGCUCUUUGUUCCGUGCCCACGUCUACACUAUCGAAGAUCUUCUCAGAUUGCGAGUGCCUGGCGAAGAAUAUAUAAAUUCAGAAUUGACCAAAAAUUUAGAAAACCUUGUAUAUAGAGGGUCCGCCGACCAAGUAAUAGAAGCGCCUGAAUUAGAUCCCUCUCUUUCAUUGUGCAAUACACCUUCCACCUCUACACACGAGCUUAUCAUGUAUCCAAUCUCAGACUUGUCCCCGAAAAUAUAUAAUUGGAAAAUCAAGGCCCGUGUCACAAAAAAAAUGGAGAGCCAAAACUGGAACACAUCUAAAAGCAGAGGCAAAUGUUUUAGCGUUUACCUUUUGGAUGAAAGUGGUGAGAUUAAGGCUACUGGAUAUAAUGAUCAGUGCGAUCAGUUCUAUGAUUCAUUCCAAGAAGGUGCAGUCUAUCAUAUUUCCAGUCCAUGCAAAAUACAACACGCUAAAAAACAAUACUCCACCCUGCCAAACGACUAUGAGCUCUUUUUUGAUCGAGAUACUACGGUGGAAACAGCUGAAGACCAGGAAGCUGUUCCCCAGAUCCGCUACGAAUUCACCUCUAUUUCUGAUCUCCAGUAUGUCGAAAUAGACUCACUUGUCGAUGUCAUUGGAAUAUUGAAAGAUAUCCCUGAUUGUACACAGACCACAGUCCGAAAAACAGGAAGGCCUUGUGAUAAGCGGGAACUUAGCAUUUAUGAUGAAAGUAAUGAAACAAUCCGUCUUACUAUUUGGGGCAGUACAGCACUUUCGUUCAGCGCGAAACCGGACUCAAUUGUGGCAUUUAAAAGAUGCAAAGUCGGUGAAUAUGGAGGUCGAAGCUUAAGUCUACUUUCCUCCGGUUCCCUCAAAGUCGAUCCUGAUAUUCCAGAAGCCCAUAAGCUGAAAAUUUGGCAAACUCCAAAUACCCGCUGGGAGCAACCUGUACUUAACACGCCUGUAUUAAGUGCUGGACUUGAGUCCAGUCGUUGGAACGAUGCCAGAGAAAUUCCACAAGCUCGUGAAAGUGAUUUUGGUAUGCAGGAGAGUAGUGAACACAGCCCCAUUAAAGCUACAAUUGUUCAUAUUAAUCAGGAAAACUCUGCGUAUCCAGCCUGUCGAAGCGAAGGCUGCUACAAGAAACUCAGCGAUAUGGGUGACGGAAGUUGGUACUGCGAGAAAUGUGACUACAGUCACUCGCGUCCAGAGUAUCGCUUUUGUUUGUGUCUAAAAGUUCAUAAUUCCACAAAGGGAUUUUUUUGGCUCAGCUGUUCGGAUGAUGUUGGCCGGCUUAUUCUUGGUAUAGAUGCAAACAAGAUUGUAAGAUUGAGAGAAUAUGAUAUCUCAGUAAUGCAGAAGUAUUUCGCGGACGCAGACGGCAAAACGUUUAGCUUCAAAGUGCGUCCAAAGAAAAAGAACUAUCAGAACCAGCAAGGGAUUUCUUAUGAAGUUAUUAAUGCCACUCCUAUUGACUGUGUAGAAGAAGCAGAAAAACUAACGGGCAUCAUAAAAUCCUUCCAGGAUAAUCUAUACGAACAAUUUCCAAGCUUUCCCUAUCAUGCCUUUUAG